AUGUCGACUGACUCGUAUCUCGUUAUCGGAGGAUGUGGUCUCCUUGGUCGUCAUAUCGUAGACCAACUCUUACAGCGCGGCGAAGCUUCAGUGGCCGUGUUUGACAUUUCUCUUUCGCCUCUUGACCCAAGAGUAAAGGUUUUUGCAGGUGACAUUACCGAUGCUGCAUCUUUAGGCGAUGCCAUACAAAAUUGCCGCCCAUCUUGUAUCAUUCAUACUGCAUCCUCGCUCCCAGGCAAACCUCGAGAACUCCAGGAAAAAAUCAACAUUCGUGGGACUGACACCGUCAUCAAGCAAGCCAUCGCCUUCGGGGUUCAGAAACUGGUUUACACAAGCUCUGCCAGCGUCGUAUUCAAUGGAGAAGAUCAGGUUAAUGUCAACGAAACCGCGCCGUAUCCUGUCCAUCACAUGGAUGACUAUAACGAUACAAAAGCAUCAGCAGAGAGGCUCGUCCUGGAUGCAAAUGGCCGAAAUAGCCUCAACACUGUUUCACUCAGGCCAGCUGGUCUUUUUGGGCCUGGUGACCGAGUUACGUUACCUUCCAUGAUGAAUGUCAUGCUGACAGGUCGCAGCCACAUCCAAAUUGGCGACAACAAAAACCUCUUCGACUGGACUUACAUCGGAAAUGCUGCCCAAGCCCAUCUCCUUGCUGCCGAUCGUCUCUCACCUUCCCACCCCAAACACUCGCAGGUCGCUGGACAAGCAUUUUUCAUCACCAACGGCGACCCUCGUUGUUGGUGGGACUUCCCUCGCGCAUUAUGGAAAGAGGCAGGCUAUCACUCUGAAAAAAGUACCCUAGUAAUUCCUCGGGGAAUUGCAUAUAUACUGGCCUCCGUCAUUGAGUUUUUCAGUCGACUGCUUGGCAAGGAACCCAGUUUAACGAGGAUGAGAGUGACAUACAUAUGUUCCACUCGCUGCUGCGAUAUAACAAAAGCUAGGACUGCACUGGAUUAUGAGCCUCUUUUUUCACUGGAUGAAGGAAUAAAAUCCAGCGUUGAGUGGUGGAAGUCUAAUCAGAUUGAAAAAGCGCAAAAUCGUCAAACUAACUGAGUCCUUGCUUCAUUAACUCUGAAAUUUUUAGUAACUUUCUUUUUACAUCUAUAACGGACAUAUUUGAUAUCGGGACCUUGAUUGGGACCUUCCCUAGUUUGGGUACGUGUAGCAUACCCUCCGCCGUAGCACAUCAGAACCUGGCAGUCGGGGAGUAUUAGUAACAUGAGUCGUAUAUAUUGACGCGAUCGAAGCACGAGUUCGAAGUAUAUAUCCACAAAUUUAGAAAUGGCCAGUAUUACAGUUAUGUGGCCUUUUGAA